AUGGCCCAGCAGCGCCGCGUCCCGCUCUCCACCCAGCGUCCCACCAGCACCGUCUGCGUCCUGGGCACUGAGCUCUCCCUGGAUGUCUGUGGCUCUGCACCCAAGGAUGCUGUUGCCUUCCAUGUCCAGGGGACACCAGGUGUGAAGCUCUACGUGGUGCAUGAGAAGCAGAGCAUCAAGUUGCCAUCCACCGUGGGCCGCUGGCCCCUGGCCACCAGCACGGAGGUGCUGCUGGCCAUGGAUGCCCUCAGCAAGGAUGUGGGUGAUGAAAAGGUCAGGAUCUCCUAUUUUGGGGAGACUGGUGGAGUGCCAGUGGGCAGAGCCAUGCUGUACCUCACCUGUGUGGAGGUCUCGCUGGACGCCGACACCAGCCGCGGCGGGGCCGUGAGCAGGACGCUGCUGGAUAAGACGAAAUGGACCUGGGGUCCUGAUGGCCACGGGGCCAUCCUGUUGGUGAACUGCGACCGGGACGACCCUGAAGCCGAGACCCCCGAUAACCGGGACGACACCAUCCGCUCCUACGCUGACCUAAAGGACAUGUCCCAGAUGGUGCUGAGGACGCGAGGUCCCCGGACCAUCUUCGCUGGCCACCGCCUCCUCCUGCACGUGGACUUCGGCCACGCCGAUAAAGUCAGAGUUUUCUACGGUGGCAGCAGUGCUUCACUGGAGGAGUACAAGCAUGUGCUGGGGGGCUCCAAGCUUGUCUACGCCCUGAAGCCCAGCCGGCACCAGGAGGAGAGCACCUUUUACGUGGAGGGACUUGCCUUCCCAGAUAUUGGCUUUUCAGGGCUGGUGGCCUUCCAUGUCACACUGCUGGAGAGCCCUGAGAAGGGGCUGCUGGAGACGCCGAUUUUCACCGACACGGUGGUUUUCCGCGUGGCUCCCUGGAUCAUGACCCCCAACACGGCAGCACCACUGGAGGUCUUUGUCUGCAGUGUGGAUGAUAACGAGGAUUUUGUGGCUGCUGUGGGUGCCCUGGACGAGGUGGAGUUUGGCUAUGUACAAGCCCCUCACAAGACCUUCCCCGUUGUGUUUGAUUCACCCCGUGACAGAGGCCUGAGGGAUUUCCCUGUCAGAAGCAUCUUGGGCCCUGAUUUUGGUUACGUGGCACGGAAAGCUCCAGAAGGUGCUUCCAGCCUUGAUUCCUUUGGUAAUUUGGAGGUGAGUCCCCCCGUGACAGUGCAGGGCAAGGAAUACCCCUUGGGUCGCAUCCUCAUCGGCAGCAGCUUCCCCAGAUUCGGUGGCCGGCGGAUGGCGAAGGCUGUGAGGGAUUUCCUGGUUGCCCAACAAGUCCAGGCUCCAGUGGAGCUUUUUUCUGACUGGCUCCAGGUUGGCCAUGUAGAUGAAUUCCUCAGCUUUGUCCCUGCUCCUGAUCGGAAGGGUUUCCGGCUGCUCCUGGCCAGCCCCAGUGCCUGCUACCAGCUCCUCAAGGAGAAGCAAGAGGAAGGGUUUGGAGAGGCAGCAAUGUUCCAGGGACUGGAGGGGGUGCCCAAGCCCACGAUAACCGAGAUCCUGGCUAAUGAAGGGCUCCGGAAAUUCAAUAAUUACGUCCAGAGCUGCAUCAGCUGGAACAGGGACAUCCUGAAGCGAUCUCUGGGGCUGAGUGAGCCAGACAUCCUGGACAUCCCCCAGCUCUUCCGUGGAGCUGCUGCCACCGGUGCUGAGGCCUUCUUCCCAGACAUGGUGAACAUGCUGGUGCUGGGCAGACACUUGGGCAUCCCCAAGCCCUUUGGACCAGAGGUGGGUGGGCAGUGCUGCCUGGAGGCGCGGGUACGGGAGCUGCUGGAGCCCCUGGGCCUCACCUGCACCUUCAUUGAUGACUACUUCUCCUACCACGUCCUCUCUGGGGAGAUCCACUGUGGCACCAACGUCCGCCGGAAACCCUUUGCCUUCAAGUGGUGGCACAUGGUGCCUUGA